AUGGCUGGCAUCAUUGGCGCUAUCAGAAAUAACAAGAUCGGUAUAGCGGGUAUUCUGAACGAUGUGCGUAUACUGCCCAUAUCUACGGGUCACGCCCCAGGUCAGCUGCGUGCCAUUGAAGCUUUUGAAUAUCUCAUGCGUGAGAUGAGAGGCGAUGUUAAAGUGGUCUUGUUUGCGCUUGGCCGCGAAGAACCCCUCCCAAUCCUGAUGGAGAGGAUUCACGCAGUCGUUGCAGCUGGCAUGCUCGUUGUGUUGGGUGCAGGAAAUAAGCAUAUGGACAUGGACAAGGUCAAGUACUAUCCUUGUUCCGGCCGUGAACUACUCAGCGAAGGAGUUAUCUGUGUUGCAGGAACAAAGGGUGCCAAAAUGCAGCUUUACGACGGAAGUAAUUUCGGCUCAGAUGUUGAUAUUGCCGCUCCGGGUUACAGAAUAUUUGAAACAGAUCUUGGUGGGUUGUAUGGCGCCGGUACGGGCACUUCGGCUGCCGCUGCCAUCGUAGCAGGUAUUGCUGGGAUGCUCUACAGCCUUGAACCUUCUGUGAAGACUAAGCUGACUCCUGAUUAUAUCAAAAGUAUCAUUAUGGAUACGGCCACCAAAGGUGUCAAGGACAGUAAAGGAAAAAAGACUCUCUCCUUCGGCCGCGUGAAUGCUGCGGCGGCUGUGAAGAAGAUACUUGGAAGAAAGAAGGUAUAA